AUGUACGUUGACCCCCAGAGGAACAACGAAAUCAGAUCCUUAGGAAUACCAAAUAGAAAGGGAAAUAUGGCUUCAAACGGUAACAGUAGAUAUACAGACGUGAUCUCUUCAGAAACGAAGGAUUUAAGGAAUGAAACAUUGUUGACAAAGGCCACUCCAGCUGCAAAUUCGACAAAUACAGGCAACGAUGACGACGAUGACGAGGAUAAAGAUGAUGACAAAGAGAUCGAGGAAAAUGUACGAACUCUUCAGAGAAGAAAUGAAGUUGACGAUGAUAGAAAUUCAUCAAUAGCUAUCCAAGGAAGAACUACUAGUGGGAAAUAUAGUUUAAGAGAUUUCCAAAUUCUAAGAACCCUAGGAACUGGUUCCUUUGGUAGAGUUCAUCUAGUGCGUUCAAACCAUAAUGGAAGAUUUUAUGCAUUAAAAGUACUUAAAAAACAUACAGUGGUAAAAUUGAAACAAGUGGAGCAUACUAAUGAUGAAAGAAAAAUGCUAUCAGUGGUUAGCCAUCCAUUUUUAAUCCGUAUGUGGGGGACAUUCCAAGAUUCGGAACAAGUCUUUAUGGUUAUGGAUUAUAUAGAAGGUGGUGAAUUAUUCUCUCUAUUACGUAAAUCCCAAAGGUUUCCAAACCCAGUAGCCAAAUUCUAUGCUGCUGAAGUUUGCUUAGCUUUGGAAUAUCUUCAUAGCAUGGAUAUCAUUUACAGAGAUUUAAAGCCUGAAAAUAUUCUUUUAGAUAAAAAUGGUCAUAUCAAGAUAACUGAUUUUGGAUUCGCUAAAUAUGUUCCAGAUGUCACUUAUACAUUGUGUGGUACCCCUGAUUACAUUGCUCCUGAGGUAGUUAGUACUAAACCUUAUAAUAAAUCUGUAGAUUGGUGGAGUUUCGGUAUAUUGAUUUAUGAAAUGUUGGCUGGUUAUACUGCAUUUUAUGAUUCAAACACAAUGAAAACAUAUGAAAAUAUCUUAAAUGCCCCAUUAAAGUUCCCACCAUUUUUCCAUCCAGAUGUUCAAGACUUACUGUCAAAAUUAAUUACAAGAGAUUUGAGUAAGAGAUUGGGUAACUUACAAGGUGGCAGUGAGGAUGUCAAAAAUCAUCCUUGGUUCAGCGAGGUAAUAUGGGAGAAAUUAUUAUCUAGAAAUAUAGAAACACCAUACGAGCCUCCAAUUAGACAAGGAAGAGGAGAUACCUCGCAAUUCGAAAGGUAUCCAGAAGAAGAAAUAAAUUAUGGUGUUCAAGGAGAAGACCCUUACCAUGCCCUAUUCCAAGGUUUUUAA